AAUAGGCUGCCGCCGCCGGCAGCUCGCUCGGCCAAAGAAGCAACGGCCAUAGUAGACAGCAACUCGGACCAGCAGUAGCAGCGCUGGAGUCCACCGAGCGACAUCGCCGAGCGUCCUGGUGUCUCGGCCGCAGUGUCUGACCCCCGCCGUGCCGGUCUCUCCGCUCUACCGCCCAAGAUGCUCGCCAAUAAGCGCCCACGACGCGCCGCCGCGGCCGAAGACUCGCUGGAUCCGCGUGUCAUGACCGAGCGCCAACAACUGGCCUUCCUGCUGCGUGCCACGGCUCCGUCCGACGCCUCGAGCAGCUCCAGCGACUCCGACUCCUCCAGUGACAGCGAGGACGACGAACCACCGCGUCGACGACGCCCGACCAAGCGCAGCAAGACGCGAGCCACCCGUGGUGGUGGGAAAGCGUCACCAAGUGCGGCAGACGCGCCCCCUGUGAUUUAUUGUGGUCGUGGACGACCGCCCAAGAACUCCAUCAAGUUACCCAAGAAUAUGACGCAUCCGCACGGCCGUCCGCACGUGAGGAUGUCGCCCAGGAGCCAUAAUACGCGCUCUGGAGAUACUGCGAUCGCGGCGGCUAUCGCUGCAAGUUUAAAAGCCGAGAAGUUGGCGACCAAUCGAGCACUCAAGGCCGAGAGAAAAGAGAGAGAUGUGUCCGUGAAGCAGGAGAAGACCAGUCCAUCCAGCGCCAGUGAUGUGGCCAUGUUGAACAGCUCGGCUGCAACUCCAUUCUGUGCGCUCUGCUGCGACCUGGAGCCGUUCUGUGACGCGCCACUGUUCCUGUGUCCAGCGUGCGACCAAAAGUACCCGACGCAGCAAGCGCUCGGCCGUGUCUGUAUGACAUAGUCUGCAGAGUACACGAAGGAGAGAGAAAGGAUGGGGAGAGACGUGGAAGUAAAACAGCAAAGAGUGAAGAAGGGAGAAAGUGUGAUGCCGGUGCAGGUGCGAAUGAUCAAGUAACGAGCGAUGAGGUAUCUGCGGAAAGAGGGAAGACGGCACAUGGACGAUGGAAGCGCAGUAUGGGCGUGUGAUGUCUAUAGCUGUAUGGAUUCGAUAUGAUUGAAUGGAUGCCUGUAAAUCCUUCAUCUCUGUCGACUUCCUGCCUACCUCCCUAGCUUGCCAGUCCCCUCCUGCUAUGCCUGUCACAGUCGAUGCAGCAUCGUCCCCCAAAAAGAACCCUGCUCUGCUGCCGUCGUAUAUAUAUUACCCCAUCCACAUUACCCCACCCAACUGUUUUAGCGACGCUGACUCAUGUCAUGAUCACCAAGUACGUCAGCAGCAGCAGGAUCAGCACCAGCACAAUAAUAACGAUGAAGUUCUUCAUGCCGCCGGACUGCUUGAUCAGCUCUUGUGUUUGUUUCGUCACGAUUUCCAGCGCUUGCUUGGCCUUGUCUGUGUCAUCGUUUAGGUCGUCUAACAUCCUACCAGCAGCAGCAACAAAAACGAGAGUCAGUCCCACAUAGAACAUCAGGAGAAUACUGAUCGCGCUCACUUAUUCUGUGUGUCGAGCUCUGUGCUAAUGUUGAGGCUCAUGUCUCCAAGACGCUUGACAGCCGAGUGCAGCUCAUCCAAGCUCUCGUCCUGCUUCUGCCGCUCGAUCUGCUGUGCUCGCUGAUGCUCGGCCACGUAGUCGUCGUCUGCGUGGUCAUCGGGCUGUUCAAAUGCACCAAACACGAUCAAUACAAGUACAGAAACACAAAGGAGACAAAGUUCGUGCUGUUGAAGCCAACCUCGUUGCCCAGCUUGGAGUAGGAUGGGGGCUUCCCCGGCGCGAACGCGGGCGCCAUGCUCGCUGCAGCUUUGGUCUUGACGUGGCGCUUUGGAAGAAGUGCGGGAAUAAAAUGCGGCUCCGUGAUUGGUCUAAAAAUACCUUCGUGUUGUUGGACAUAAACGUUGCGGUCUAUUUUUAGAGGGAGAUGGGCAAUCAUGAAGCGGCGCAUUCGCACUGUACAUCUGAGCCGAGGGUCAAUGAUAAGGCUAAAGUGUCUUCGUGUUGGUAAAUGUUACGGUUUGGGUCUCGUUCUUCAUGCGCGUCGCUAGUGGUCUGCUCUGUUGUUCGUCCUCCUCAACAUCACUAGAAAAAAUAAACAAUAAAUAUCAACUGGGGGAUGGAGGUACUCGCUUGGUCAUCGUUGGCUCCACCUGCUCCGUUCGAUG